GUCGGCGCCCGCACGCCCAACCGUUCAGAUCUGUUAUCGUGAUGAACGGAUAAUCAAUCCGUACUAAUACUAGAUUUUUCCCCCCCCUUGGUGUUUCUUGCCCCAUAUUACACAGCACGUCGAGUAACGCGGAAGCGUUGAUUGAUUGGUUCAUUGGUUGAUUGAUUGAUUGAUUUCCUGAUUGCCUGGUGGUCCGUCUAAAAAUACGGCGAUGACGUCAGCAGUCCUAACCGGGUGCGCUGCCACGUGUCAGGCUGCGAGCUGUGGUCUAUGGGUGUCCACGUCAGUGGCGGCCUCCUCCGCGGGUCCGGACCCCGCGGUCGGUCAGUCGCGACUGCGGGUAUCGUCCGGCGCGGUCGCUGGUCUGGCAAGCCUGAAAUCCGGGAUCGCGAUAGGGGGGGCGGCCGGGAUCGCCACGUGCGCGCUGACGCGGACUCAUCGCAAACGAGAGCCUUUGAGGGCUCAAUGCCUCCUUGGGGGCAGUUCUCACACGACAGAGGCUAAUGAUGGAGAAAGGAAGGAGGAGGAGGAGGAGGAGGAGGAGGAGGAUGGGCUGUGGGGGGACUACUGUCUGUUGCGUCCGGCCGUUCACAGAUGGGAGCCAAUCAAGGUCAAGGCUGGUUUCUCGAUGACGUCAGCAGCUCCGACAGGACCAUCACCAACAGCAGCAGCAGCAGCCGGGACAAGCGCUGCCACGUGGAUGCCGCCUUCUCGGACACGUGGCAGGAGGAGGAUGAGUUUUGCCCUUGGCGCGACUGCCCCCGGCGCUCUCGAAUUCACCUCUUCAGGAAUUGCCGACGAGGAGGAGGAGGGAGAGGAGGAGGAGCUUGAGGACGAGGAGGAGGAGGAGCUUGAGGAGGAGGAGCUUGAGGAGGAGGAGGAGGAGGAGUUCCUACCACGCACGGCAAUGGUUGUACGGAAGACAAACGAGACGGAUGUUGAAGUCAGCAUUAAUUUAGACGGCACCGGGAUCUCCACCUGCGACACCGGGAUCGCUUUCCUUGAUCACAUGCUGGACCAGCUCUCCUCUCACGGGCUGUUCGACCUAACUGUCAAAGCAGAAGGGGACACACACAUCGACGACCACCACUCCAACGAAGAUAUCGCUCUCGCUCUGGGCACUGCUCUGCUCAAAGCUCUCGGUGACAGGAAGGGUAUCGUGAGAUUCGGAGACUUCACCGCUCCGCUGGACGAGGCGCUUGUCCACGUGGCGCUCGAUCUCUCAGGCCGCCCCCACCUGAGUUGCGAUCUGGAGAUCCCGACUCAGCGCGUCGGGACGUACGACACCCAACUGGUCGAGCACUUUUUCCAGUCCCUUGUCAACACCGCGGGAAUGACGCUGCAUAUUCGGCAGUUGGCGGGAAAAAAUUCCCACCACAUAAUCGAGGCCACAUUCAAAGCAUUUGCGCGCGCCUUGCGACAGGCGGCGGAGGCUGAUCCUCGACGAGGAAGCGCCGUUCCCAGCUCCAAAGGGGUGCUCUCUCGAUGCUGAGUGGCACAUGAUGAGCGGGGACCACGAGGGAUCGAAACCUAGGAGAGACAACUGGGUGCCAAAUUGCCAAUGACGGCGGGAAGCAGCUUUCGGAGCUGCGAAGGGGUGCUCUCUCUUUCUCUCUCUCUCUCUCUCUCUCUCUCUCUCUCUCUCUCUCUCUCUCUCUCUCUCUCUCUCUCUCUCUCUCGAUGCCGAAUCACAGAUGAUUAGAUGAUGAGCAGGAAGACGAGGGAUCGAAACCUGACUCACCAACGAAGGAAAAAAAAAAAAAAAAAAAAAAAAAAACGACGGGGGGUGCCAAUGAGGGCGGGAAGCGGCGUUUCAAGCUCCAAAGGGUUGCUCUUUCUCUCUCUCUCUCUCGAUCGUGAAUCACAGAUGAUGAGCGGGACGAUGGGGGAUCGAGACCUCACCCCCCACGAAUGAAGGCAAACGAAAGGAGAAAGCUGGGUGUCAUUGAGGGUGGAAAGCGUCGUUUCAAGCUCCAAAGGGUUGCUCUCUCUCUCUCUCUCGCUCUCGAUGCUGAAUCACAGAUGAUGAGCGGGAUGACCGGGGAUCGAGCGGGGGAUCGAGACCUUACCCUACCAAUGAAGGCGAAAAGAAAGGAGAAAGCUGGGUGCCAAUGAGGGCGGGCAGCGGCGUUCCAAGCUCCAAAGGGUUGCUCUCUCUCUCUCUCUCUCUCUCUCUCUCUCUCUCUCUCUCUCUCUCUCUCUCUCUCUCUCUCUCGAUGCUGAAUCACAGAUGAUGAGCGGGAUGACGGUUCAAAAAAAUAAAAUAAAAAAUCGAGUGCCAAUGAGGGCGGGAAGCGGCGUUCCAAGCUCCAAAGGGUUGCUCUCUCUCUCUCUCUCUCUCUCUCUCUCUCUCUCUCUCUCUCGGCUGAAUGACAGAUGAUGACCGAGACGACGGGGGAUCGAAACCUGAAUCACCAACGAAAAAAAAAUAAAAAAAAACAACAACACGAAAACCGAGCGUCAAUGAGGGCGGGAAGUGCCUUUCCUUGCUCCGAAUACAUAGUCUCUCGAUGCUGAAUCCAGAUGAUCAGCGCGGCGGGGGAGGGGGGGGGAUCGGGGGGGGGGGGAAUCGAACCCUCCCCAACGAAACUAAAAAUUACCGAUCAGAAAGAGGAGGGGGGGGGGGGGAUCAGAUGAGUUUUGAUGAUUGCCUCUCAAGGAGUUUGAUUCCUGUCAGGGCACGCGGAGGAGUGUAUAGUGUAGGUUUUUUUUCUUUUUUUUCUUUUUUUCCUUUUUUUAUUCCGGUGCUUUGUAGUGAGGGUUUGAGGCCCCAGAGGAGGAGGGAGGGAGGGGCUUUUAGGUAGAUGGGCGCGUUGAUUGACUAGAGAAGAAAUAUGCGUUAUGGGGGGAAUGAAUGACGUGGAGCAGU